AUGGCGGCCCACUCCUCCUCCAAAGUCACUCUGAAACUUCUAAUUGACACGAAAACACGCAGAGUGCUUUUCGCGGAAGCAGGAAAAGAAUUUGUUGAUUUCCUAUUCGCACUCUUUUCCUUGCCUCUUGGAUCAGUGACGAAGCUCUUGUCCACGGACAACAUGGUUGGCUGCCUUGGAAAUCUGUACAAGAGCAUUGAAGACCUCAGUGUCGAUUUCAUUCAACCCACCCAGAGCAAGGUCACGAUUCUGAACCCAAAAUUCCUCUCCUGUCCCGCCAUGAACAACACCCUUCUGUUACCCAACCAUGAAAACAACGAAUCUGCAGCAAAAAAUGAUGGGUAUGGAGGUUAUGGUCUAACAAUUACCCGCCGCGAGAUAUUCGUGACUGAUAACCCACAAGCUAUUUGUCGCCAUUGUAAUCAAGCAAUGAGCUACGAGGCCAAAUUUAUCGACGCAGCUCCUAAAAAUGUGGCGGAGAUUGAAAACAGCGAAGAAGAUGGUGGGUUCGUGAAGGGGGUUGUGAUUUACAUGGUGAUGGACAAUUUGGAGGUGAGGCCAUUUUCAACCAUCUCCACCAUCACUUUGCUUAACGAAUUCGACAUUGGGGAAGUUGGUUCGCUUCAGGAGAAGGUCGUUGAGCUCGGCAUGGCUGAGGGGUUGAAAGUGCUCAAGGCUUCUCUGCACACCAAGACAGUCCUAACCACAGUUUUCCUUGGACCAUGA